CCCUCGGCCCCGCUCCCUCGGCCCCCGACCCGACCCCGAGCCCGGAUCCCCGCGCCCGCCAUGAAGUUCCAGUACAAGGAGGACCACCCCUUCGAGUACCGGAAGAAGGAGGGGGAGAAGAUCCGCAAGAAGUACCCGGACCGGGUGCCGGUCAUCGUGGAGAAGGCUCCCAAAGCCCGCGUGCCUGAUCUGGACAAGAGGAAGUACCUGGUGCCCUCCGACCUCACUGUCGGCCAGUUCUACUUCUUGAUCCGGAAGAGGAUCCACCUGCGCCCGGAGGACGCCUUAUUUUUCUUUGUCAACAACACGAUCCCCCCCACCAGUGCCACCAUGGGCCAGCUGUAUGAGGACAACCAUGAGGAGGACUACUUCCUGUACGUGGCCUACAGCGACGAGAGCGUCUAUGGGAAAUGACGGUGGACGGCCAGCCAGCGGGGCGGGCGGGCGGGCGGGAGAGGGAGGCCCCGCGGAGGAGGCCCCGCGGAGGAGGCCAGCCGGGGACACGACACCACUACACUGCGCGCACACCCAGCCUGGUUUCCCCGUGCUUCUGUGAUCCCUUUCCUUCUUCUUUUGCUGCCUCCUCAGCAGCAUGUGCGGACAGAGCGGUGGGUUGCUGUUCACGGAGGUCAGGGUGAUGGCUGAGAAUCCGUGUGUGUCUGUGCGUGCGUGUGUGUGUGUGUGUGUGUGUGUGUGCGCGCGCGUGUGUGCGUGUGCGUGCAUGCGUGUG